AUGGUUGAUCAGGCUCAGGUCUCUGAGAUUAAGCAAUUUUUGCUUGACCAUAAUCCUUCCAAGAUCCAUAAUGAUUCCAUAUUUGAGCACUUCAUAAGCGGUUUUUCAGUUUUAUUUGACGCCUUUGAACAUCAGACUGAGGGAAUGGUAGAUUCUCAAAGGUUACUCAUAAUUGAUACCUUUUCCAUAUGGGUACUAAGAUCUACACAAUGUCUGUCUAAUAAAAAAAUUGAUACUACUGGUUACAUGAAUAAAUUGAAACAAGAGCUUUUGACUAUGGAGAACAGCGGAAUCAUAUUUCAAUAUGUUAUAGAUUUUUGGACAGAUGGUACAACUGCGUUUACCAAUGCAUUGAGAGAAAUGUUUAGCAAAUUUUUAAGAUUGUUGCAUAUGGUUUAUUUGGUACAGGAUAGAAUGAUACUUUUCAAUUCGUGGUUAACUCAAAUUUUAGAGAUUUCUUCCACUCUACGAGUACAGUAUUACUUGAUAGAUUCUUUAUCCCCUGAAACUGAUCUUUAUGUGAUAUUGGAACGCAAACCUGGAUUUGUUGAAAGUUCUUUAGCGUUAAUGUGGUCAGAUUCCCUUUCCAAUCCUAUCGGAAAAUGUAUCACUAGCCUUUUAAUCAAUAUCUAUAAAAUCCAUUUCAAAGAAAAUGAGUCAUUAUUAGAUGAGUGGUUAGAUCUUUGGCAAGGUUCUGUUUUGAAAUAUCUUCAAGAUGUAAGAUUUGCAAAGCCGACUGAAUUAUACAUUCUGAUACCUCUAUUCAAAGCUAUGCCUAGAGAGGCAUUCGUGAAAUUUAUUCAAGGAUCAUCAUCAUUUGAUGCAUCACUUCUCAUCUCGUUGUUUAGAAUUGGUCAAGAAUUGGGAAUUGAAGAGGAACCAUAUCACAACGACAAAUUGAUUCCACUGUCUACAGUUGAAAAUUUACUGCAACAGGAUGAAAACAAGUUAUAUGCGUUUGAACUUUUAGCUUUCUCUAUCAAAACAUCGAGGCCUGUAAAUUCCUACAUCUAUGAAAUGCUUAAACGUAAUUUACGAAUUUUUUUCGUAGAUACUAAGAUUGAAACUAGAAACUAUUUUUGCAGUGCUCUGAAACAUUUUAUUCUAAGAAUUAGAGAUUCCACUUAUUCCCUGAAUAGAGAUCGUAACAAAUUGAUUAAAGCUAGGAAAUUUCCAGAGGAGCAAAACGAGAAAUUAAAUCAACUCAAGGAAUCGCAGGAGUUCCUCGAAUGGCUUUUUGCCUUUCUAAAGACUCAAAUUUGCCCUGGGACACAGUACCAAAGAAAUACCUUGGCUUUUAAAAUUUUGGUUAUUUUAUUAGAAUCUGGUGUUGAUAAAUCUACGCCAGAAAAAUACCUGGAUUUAAGGAAUUUUAGACCGUAUCCAUUUUCCAUUGGGUUUUUCGAAGAUGAGGUGUUGCUGAGAUUGUUGAUAGAUAAUUUGACCAGUAACUACGAUGAUAUUCGUCAAACUGCUAAGAAGUUAUUGACCAUCGCAUUUGACAAUGACACUUCGAAUUCUAUGAAGGCCAAUUUCAAUUGGGAAAAACUACAUCAACGGGCCACAGAAUAUUUGGAAGUAUACCAGAAUACAGAUAUCGGCGCAGCUUUACAGGAUUUUCUUUUCUCUACAUGUGGCAAUCGAAAAAAAUUCAUUGACGAUCUAAUUGAUGAGUUGCAAAAGAAAAUUGAAGAAUCUAAAAAAGACUACUUAAAGCAUCAAGAUGACCCUGUAAGCGGCUAUUUUGCGGCACUAACUUUAAUUUUAAGAGAUAACGAAUUCGAUACCCAAUAUUCUAAAGUUGUUAUCGCUAAGUGUAUCUCCCUCAUUUUGAGUAACUGGGAUGCAGUUGAGGAACCGGUAUGCCGUAAUCCCUCUGAAACUAAAAAUUCUGAAGUAUUUUCUAAAAGUGAAAUGAGUGAUCAGUUUGUUAUUGCCAAGGCGUUUAGAUCUAUUAAGGAAUCCUCUUUAUUGCUAGAAGUAUUGGUAACAAGAGCAUCCGUUACAUUUGAACAACUUAAAUCUGCAGGUGAUCUGAUGAUCACUCAACUGUUCAAUUUGAGGCAUAGCGGAGCCUUCCAAUCAGUCCUUCCAAGUUUUAUUGCAUGUUGUACAAAAGUUUCUAAAGACUAUCCUGCACAAUUAGAGGAAUGGUUGAAAAUCGUUCUUGACUCAUUAGAACUAAAGACUCAAAUGAUCACAAGAAGGUCUGGUGGUAUACCGUCUUUGUUAACAACCAUUUUAGCGGCCGAAAGAGGUAAGGAGAGGCCUCUGCUUAAAUCUGCAUUUAACAAUUUGGAAAGGGUAGCUUCUCUGCCCGCUAUCCAACAUCUGGAAAAAAUUGAUCUGCCUCAAGUCAAUGCAUUCAAUUGUAUCAGAUCAAUUUUUGUCGAAUCAAGACUAUCUGAGCCUUGUGCCCCUUAUGUUCCCUCAGCUUUGAAUCUUUCACUCAAACACUUUACUUCGGAUAUUUACUCUUUGAGGAAUUGUUCUCUAAUGCUAUUCACUUCUUUGCAGAAUAGAAUAUUUGGUAAAGCUGGUAAAAGUAUUAGUGCCCGUCUGUUUUUCACAAAGUAUCGUGGAGUUAGGGAAGUUCUGUUGAACUUCUUGGAGGAUUCUUUGAAGAAACCUUCGGAUAAUGACCAAGGUUUUGUACUUUCUCAAUCUCGUGUUGAAUCCAUUUUCCUCGUACUUAAUCUUUUACUAAGGCUGCGACCAACUCCCGGUUAUGAUGGAUUAGAUAUUUUCAUUGAAAAGGUCACCCAUUGUUUGGAAAGUCCUCACUGGAACAUUAGAGAGAUGGCGGCUAAAACCAUAUCUUCCUUAACCGAUGAUCCUUUGGAUCAAUUCGAGGCACUUUUGAGCACUGCUUCGAUUACGAGGCAGAAUAAAUUACAUGGGCAUCUACUGGCAGCUAAAGCUAUAAUGUCAGAUAAGAGAGACGUUCUUGAAGAGAAGAAAGCUGGAACCAGAAUAUUUGAAUUAUUGUAUUCCAUGAAACUCCUAACCAACAAUCCUUGCUUUGUAACUUCUAAGGAAUAUAUCGAAGCGGUGGAAUAUGUUUUGUCUUGGAAAAAUACGAUUGCACAUGCCAAAAAGGAUUUCGUAGCUCGUCUGGGCAAUUUCUUCCUUUACCAUAAUGAACGCUAUUCUAUCGAUGGUACAAAGCAACUUUGUUUAUCUGCUGCGCUUAGAACUUUGCUAGUAUAUGAGCAACCUGAGAACAUUCAACCAUUAUGUGAGUUAGGCAUAUUAUCCUCCUUCUAUGAAGUUCAGGAAACUGCGGUUAACUAUGUGGUUGAUAAUUUGGAUUUGAAACAGAGCGCCAACGAGAAUGUUGCAAUCGCAUUAAAGAAUGCUUUCAUGGAAGAUAAGUUCAGGCCCUCUUUGAAAGGUCGGGUAUUAGGGGCUUUAAGAGAAACAGAUUAUCUGUUUGAUUUUGAAACUAUUAAAGAUCUAAUUUUGCAACCUACCAAUGAGGAUCUACAGCUAUGUGCGAUUGAGACAGUAGGUUACGUCGUUGGUUCAAACAAUAUGGAAUUCAUGAAUGCCGUUAUUCAGAAACAUACAAGAGACGACAUGCCAGUGGAUUUCAGAAUGGCAUCAUUAAAUUGUUUGAAAAAUUUCUUGAGAAGAGUAGUUGAACCCAGAUUGCUUUUGCAAUUACACAAGAUGUUGAACGAUGACGAUGAUGAAGUGAGGGAAUGUGCGGCUGAAUCUUUGAAUGAAGUGUUAUUGGGUGAACCAAAACAAGCAAGGAGUCCUUCGGUUACAGGAGCUUUGUUUGGGGAGAAGUACGUGGAAAAAUUCCAUGAUUCCUCUGAAGCUGCUCAAGAUGUUGCUCAGUGUUUGAAAGAAUUUAUGAACUCCUAUGAUAUCUGUAUUUCGACCACCAAGAGCAUCAUUGAAGGUUUAUUCGAAGUAGAAAAAGAUAAUCAGUUUAGAAAUGAAAUUGAGGAAAAUACUCAACGCAUCAACAUUUUGAAGAAAAUGAAAUAUUUCUCCAAGGAAUUCGUAUCGUGGAUCAAUAACCUCAUUGAUCGCCAUAUAAAAUUCCUAGAAAACACUAAGGUAGUUGACGGGCCCUUGGGAUGGGCCUCUAAUGCUGAGGUAUUUUCAAGACUAUGUAUUUUGAGGACUCUCAGCAAGACAUAUUCGCCUGAAAAGUUUUUGGAAUUGGAGGGAUCAUUGAAAGAUCAUAAUGUGCAUCCAAUGAUUUUUGAAUACCUUCCUGUAGAUUUUUGA